AAGAUCAGGUGGAGAAGGACUUGGCUUCACUUGGUGUGUCCAACUGGCGCCGGUUAGCACGAGAAAGAAACGACUGGCGCGCUUUGUUAAACUCGGCCAAAAUCGCGUAAGCGGUUAUAGCGCCAAUUAAGAAGAAGAAGAAGUGCCACAUUACCAAAAUGUGUUCAAAACAACCGAAAGUGCUUAAAUUACAAGAAAAGGCAAAUAUUUUGGAUUUAUUAGAAAAGGGUGCAAGUGCGGUAGCUUUAGCAAAACAAUAUGGUAUCUCAAAAUCAACAAUUAGCAAGAUAAAAAUAAAAAAAAAAUAAAAUUUUGGACUGUGUCAAUAAUAUGCUUUCCGGCCCGGGAAAAAGAAAGACAUUAAGAGCAUCAGAGUUGCCGAAAAUGGAAAAGCGCCUGUAUCAAUGGUUUGUAAAGCAGAGAGAAAAGCAUUAUCCGGUUAAUGCAUUAGCGCUCAAACAAAGGGCUAAAGAAAUUCAUCUAAAAAGGAAUGUUCUUUUAACGCAAGUGAUGGAUGGUUGCAAGGUUUUAAAAAAAGAUAUGGAGUUCGCCUGCUUAAAAUAACUGGAGAAAAGCUAUCUUCACAGCCUUUGCUGGUCGAACCAUUUAAAAUCAAACUUAAACAAAAAAAUGAAGAAAUGGGUCUUUGCCAUGAUCCAUUGUACAAUGCUGAUGAGUCUGGCUUAUUUUGGAAAAUUUUGCCAGAAAAGUCUUACGUAUCAAGUGCCGAAAAAACUGCUCCGGGCGUAAAGACAGAAAAACAACGCGUUACUUUUUUAUGUUGUGCUAAUGCUUCCGGAAAUCAUAAGCUUAAAUUGUUGGUGAUUGGGAAGGCAAAAAAUCCACGCAUUUUCAAAAACUUUAACUGCCCAACUGAGUACAAGAGUUCCAAGUCCUCAUGGAUGACAUCAGCUAUUUUCUACGAUUGGUUUCACAAAUCCUUUGUGCCACAGGUUAAUAUUUGUUCUGCUACAGAAAAAAUAUCGCUUUUAAUAGCUAAGAUUUUCUAAUUUUAGGUAACAGAUUUUCUUUUAAAAAAGGACUUGCCAGUCCUUCUGAUAGACAAUGCUCCAUCUCAUCCAAGUGAAUUAGAGCUUAAAACAGAAGAUGGAAACAUAGUUGCAAUGUUCUUUCCUCCGAAUGUAACCCCACUUAUCCAACCAAUGGAUCAAAACGCAAUUAAAAUAACGAAGCUGUAUUAUAGAAACAGUCUUCUAGCCAUGGUAACAGCAAAAAAAUCAGAUCUAGUAGAUUCUAUGAAAGCUGUUACAUUAAGGGAUUGUGUUAUGCUUUUAGAAGCCGCAUGGAAUAAAGUUAGCAAAGAUACAAUGGCAAAAUGCUGGCAAAAUGUUUUGCGUUUCACGGAAAAUGAGACAGAUCCGGAGGAAGAUAUUCCGUUAAGCAUAUUGAAAGAAAAAAUAAACUCGGAACUGCAACAACAAAUGAAGCUCGCAGUUGAUCUGCUUUAUGAAAUAAACCCCCAGGUUGACUAUACAGUAUCAUCCAUUCAAAAGUGGAAUGAAGAUUUUCUACUGGGUAAUGUUUCUAAUUCGUGUGAAGCUGAGGAGUUAGAAGUGACCGAUGAUGAUGACAACGAUUUAGAUACGAGUACAAAUGUACAGACAAUAAAACCAGACGAAGCUGUCGAGAUAUUUAACCGGGCUUUGGAUUGGGCUCAAUGCGAGAAUGUUGAAUGA